CAUUUUCACAAAUGCCUUUUUUCCCCCCUUCCCCUCGGAGCAGGAUGUGGCUAGUCCGCGCGCCGGUGGCAGGAUCCCCGAGGUGUGGGUGGCGGGGGGCGGCAGCCUGGGUCUUUUAAUGGGAAUUACAAAGCUCCCUGUCCCUCUCCCGGCUCGGCUGCUGCAACAUUUAUUGCAAAAGCAGGAAAUUGCUUAUUACUAAACUAGCUGGCAAGAGGGCAGGAGCUGAUGGUGUGCUCCACACUGACACAGCACUUGCUCACCUGCAGCCUUCGCCUUCCUCCCCUUCUUUUCUCCCCUCUCUCUCUCUCUCUCUCUCCUCCUUUUCUUUCUUUUUUUUUUUUCCAUUUUGGCUUCUAUUCAAAUGUGGGUCAGGGGUGAGCAGCUCCCAACGUCACAAGCUUGCAAGAUGGCGCUGGGAGGAAGGCUGUGAGAUGAGGAACAGGCUGGUAUAAGCCGAGAGGAGAGCGCGAGGGAGAGGGGGAAGCCCCCCGAAAGCCGCUGCUCCAGAUGCAAUAAAGGAGGAUCUGGCACAGGCAUCUCAUGUGGAAGCUGUUCAGUCUCCUGAUGGACUACAUAUGCUAGACGCAUGUUUCUGAACCAUAAAAGUUUGAGAUGAAUUCCAUGACCUUUCCUAUGUCCCCAAGUUGAAAUCAAGACUGUUCUUUUCUGAGGAGAGGAAGCUUCACCUGAGCAGGGCCCAUGAUGUUAUACAGAGAGGAGCCGGGUGCCAUUUAACUUAGUUCUGGGGACAGAAAAUGAUGGUGAAACGGAGACCCAGGAAGUUUUGUGCGGUUCCUGAGUUUAUAGUGAAUCGCACUGUAAAUAAGACUGGGAAUCAGAAUGUCAUAUCUUCUAAGUGCUCCAAGUCGUCCCUGCUGGUUCUUCAUUCAGCAUCUGUGCAGCCACGUUCUAUUGAUGGCCUGUUGUGAUUUCAAUGGAACAUCAUGGGAUGUACCUGGCACGUCGGGCAGCACUGGAUGGAGGUGCCUUUAGCCCAAUGUACCUGGCAUGGUGGUAAAGCGAAGGUGAAAGGAAGAGAAGGUGGAGAUGGAACUGCCAAAUCAUGCCAAACAACUGCUACUGCAGCUGAAUCAGCAACGAGCCAAAGGUUUCCUCUGUGACGUGAUCAUAGUGGUAGAAAAUGCCCUGUUUCGUGCCCACAAGAACAUCCUGGCAGCCAGCAGCAUGUACUUCAAAUCCCUCGUCCUGCAUGACAACCUAAUUAACUUAGACACGGACAUGGUGAACCCCACUGUGUUCCGACAGAUCUUGGACUUUAUUUAUACUGGGAAGCUCUUAACGACUGACCAGCCCGGUGAACAGAACUUUAAUGCUCUCCUCACCGCAGCAAGCUACCUCCAACUGCACGACCUGGCAGCUCUCUGCAGAAAGAAGCUGAAGCGGAACGGGAAAUCUUUCGCUGGCAGGGCCGGCGGCCUCGGUGUUGGAAGACCUGCCAGGAGCCAGAGACUUUCCACGGCAUCGGUCAUCCAAACUCGUUAUUCAGGGUCGACUGAGGGGAUGAAGGGCUCGCACUCAAAGGAGCUGUCAAAGGGAAAGGUCUCUGAUGAUGAGGUCUUCAUUAGCAGCUCCAACCAAGAAAACUCUCACUCCUUAAGCAGGGGAGCCAGCAAGAACGGUAGCGGCAGCAGUGGCAGUGCAAAUGGGAGCACCGGCGACCAGGAGCUAGGCCUCGAUCUGUCCAAAAAAAGCCCGUCGCUACCUGCCGCAGCCUCCCAGGAUGACAUGCAGCACAGCGAAAGCCAGCAUGGCUCUCCCCAAUCUGCCUCAGCCCCCGCAGCCAACAGUGCCUCAUCAUUCGACGAGUCUGCAGUCGGAGUCCCCCAGAGCACAGCAGACAGCAGCGAACCCAUAGACAUGGAUGUGGGCGAGGAGAGCCACUCCUUGUCGGAGAGUGGCCAGCGCAAGAGCCUCAGGCACUCGGCUCGCAAGAAGGAGUGGAUCAAGAGAGACAACACCUUCGACCGCAAGGAUGGGGGCAAAGACCGAGAGGAGGGGGACGGGCUGCCCAAUGGCAUCCUGAUGGGUCCCUUGUCCAAGUCAGCAGAGCGGAGCCUGGGUGGUGCCUACGGCCCAGAGCUACCAUUCCAGUGUAAAGAGGAGGUGGAGAACGGCAAGGAGAACAGCGACGACAGCUGCCAGAGCGAGAGCGAGAGCGGUGGGCACACGAGUGCCAACUACAUCUACCGGCAGGAAGGGUUUGAGCCGGUUGCCUAUGGUGACAACCUGUAUGUCUGCAUCCCCUGUGGAAAGGGCUUCCCCAGCUCUGAGCAGCUCAACGCCCAUGUGGAGACGCACACUGAGGAAGACCUUUACAUCAAGGAGGAAGGCACGUACGGCGGCAAGGAGGAGGCUGAGGAUUUGUCCAACCCCAACCAGCCCUACGGCGCAGAGUCCCGACCCUUUAAGUGUUCGGUGUGUGAGAAGAGCUACAAGGAUCCAGCCACUCUGCGACAGCAUGAGAAGACUCACUGGCUGACGCGGCCCUUCCCUUGCAACAUCUGCGGCAAAAUGUUCACACAGCGGGGCACCAUGACACGACACAUGCGCAGCCACUUAGGGCUCAAGCCCUUUGCUUGUGAGGAAUGCGGGAUGCGCUUUACCCGGCAGUACCGACUGACAGAGCAUAUGCGUGUCCACUCAGGAGAAAAACCCUACGAAUGUCAACUGUGUGGUGGGAAGUUCACCCAGCAGCGCAAUCUGAUCAGCCACCUGCGAAUGCAUACCUCUCCCACAUAAGCCAAAGACUCCAGAAUGAGCUUCGAGCCCAUCCGCAGUGAUUUACCUUUCUGUAGACUUGCUGCUUAAAAAGGGCAACUCCCCUCCUCUGUUCAGUCACGGGCGGCCUCAAUAAACGUAGCUUUAAUAUUUUUUAAAAAAGAAACGAGGUCCACAGCAGAGCUGAUGCUACUUGCAGAGCAGCCCUUCCCCCUUCCACUUUUCCUGAAUGUCAGUGGUCUGGUAAGAAAUGCCUCUUAUUUGGUGGGUGUUGCUCUGUUGACUCCAGCGAGGUAAGAGGAGAGGGGUCUCCUCCUCCUUGGAUGGAGAGAGAUUUCAUCACCUGGAGAGAAGUUGGAUCGGUGCUGAUGAAACAGGCUCUCCCAGCCCUCUCUUUGCACUUCUGCAGUGCUUCACAGCCCUUAAACCCAGUGUUAUUUCUUGCCCAGACAAGGGCUGCCAGUGGAAACUGUCAUCCACUGGCUACCGUCUCUUUUCCUUUUCUGUGACCGUUUUGUUAAUAACCAGGCUCAAUAAGGGCAUUUCUUGCCACUGAAAGAAAUAAAUGUGUAGUCUUUGUUGUAGCCCAAGUGGCUACAAACCGCUGUAGCAUUUGCCUCUGGUACAACCUGUGCAGAAGCUGUGGCUGUGGACUGACUGUAACAGGGCUGGCGGCCCCUUUACAUUCUGUGGGAAGCCGUGAUGGUGGUGGGAGCUGUCGUCUUAUCCCAUGGGCUAGCGAUGGCAAAAGCAGCCUACCUAGGUGUGUGCCAAGUCAAGUGUCUCAGUUAAGGAGAUGGCAACACUUCCUGUUUCUUUUUGGGUUCAAUCCUUAACCUCGGCAUGCUCAACCACAUGCCAUCCCCUGUCCCCGUCCCUCCCCAAGCAUACACCUCUUCAGCCUUACCCAUGACUGAACAGGGAUUUGGAUGGCCCUGGGAAUUUCUUUCAGUGAGCAGGGGGUCGUCUUUACUUUUCUAGUAGUUUCGUAUGAAUAUUCUUUGCUUAGAGGUACUUGUUUUAUUAAAGGAAAAACCAUUGU